UUGGCAGGGGAACUACAGCUGCUGCGCUCGAGUCAUGGUGGAGGUUGCGGUUCUGGGGAAAGGCUCUUAAAGAGUUGUACUACUUUUCAGCAUGUCGGUCGAACUCGAUUUAGAAAGACCGGAUUUAAUGGGUAUACGAUGCGGACCACUUCAGACGUAGCCUAAUAGUCACGAAAACGGAGGAAAAGUUGGAUCUUGAACGCUGUGGUAAAAUGUAACCCUUUUCCUUAGCGCACCAGUCAACAGCCCUGGGCAACAAAUAUGGCUACUUGGGUCUACUCUUCUUUCUAUUUGGGAUGAAAGGCGACACAAUUUGGCUAUGCACUACAAUCGCGGGACUACGACUGAACUCUUCCAAGAAGUGACCUAUCCAGAAAUGGUUACGGCUGAACUGUAUAGAGAUCUUAACGUGGUCAGCUGAUAAAACGUAGGCAACGCGGUAGUCGUGCAAAUAGCAGCGAGUUGAGAGAGAUGGAGUCUAAGCACAAAGAGUUGUUAGAUAAAUGCUACCAGAACUUACUGGAGUCAAUAACACAUGCAGAUCGGGUCGUGGAGGUGUUGUCUCAAACUGGUACCCUCACCCAAUCGGAACGUUAUGAACUGGGUCACAACUGCUCGUCCAACUCGGAGAAAGUGGUCCUUCUCCUGAAAAUCUUGAUAAGCAAAGAGAGAGACCAUUUCAAAGACCUUUGCGCUGCCCUAGAAAAGACGCACCCUCACCUGAAUUCUGCACUUUUAAUGAACGGCGUUGGAGACGUAGAUCAUUCAUCUGGGUCCACCUACAGUGUUUUGUCUACCAUGCCGUCUGACUCUGAAAGCAGCACUUCCCUCAGUAGCGCAGGUACCAUGGGUCAAGCCUCGUCCCCUCCUCCAGCCCAUAUGGAGAACCGCCACGGUCAGAUGAGUGAGAAGAUGGAAGCGGUUCUGUUCCAGCUGAGACAGGUGACCCGCGAGAGGGACGAGCUGCGUAAACGCCUGGCCUUGUCCUCGCCCGGCACCACCUUCGAUGACUGCAGGCCCAACACCAAGUCAGGCCAGGACUACGAGCAUCUGAAGCUGCAGUGUAUGAAGGCCAUGGUGGACCUGCAGUCCUUACAGAACCAACACAGCACAACACUGAAGAGAUGUGAGGAGGCCGUGAAGAAAGCUGACUUCUACCACACGCUCCACAGCCGCCUGGCCGACGAGCUGUCUCCGCUGAAGGAGGAGCUGGAUGCUGUGAGGCAGGACAACAUCCAGCUGGUCAGAGAACACAACCAUGUGAAACAGAGCUGUGAGGAGAUGAGGAGACUACAUGAUGAGGACCAGAGAGAGCUGGGAGACAUGAGGCUGCUUCACCAACAGGUGAUGAGGGAUGGGUCAUCAGAGAUCCUCAACAAGCUGUAUGACACAGCUAUGGGCAAGCUAGAGGGCACCAAGAGAGACUACGAGGCUUUGAGGAAGAGGUUCAAUGAGAAGACAGCCAACCACAACACAGACCUGAGCCGUCUGGAGCAGGCGGAGGAGGAGAACAGGAGGCUACAGAAACAGGUGGACAUGUUGUUGAAGCAGAGAGACGCUGCUACACACUACCAACAACAGUACUCUACCUCUAUGAGGAGGUUUGACUCGACCCAGGCGGAGCUGUCGAAGGCUGCAGUGCAGAACAAGGAGCUACAGAGAGAGAUGGAGCGGCUGCAGACAGAAUCCACACGGCUGAAGACCCAGCAGCUGAAGGCCGUUAAGGACUGUGAGAAGUACAAGGAGGAGAGGGACUCGGUCUUCAAUGAGUACAGACUCAUCAUGAGUGAGAGGGACCAGGUGAUCACAGAGGUGGACAAGCUCCAGACAGGGCUGGAGGUGGCUGAGGCCAAACUGAAGAACACCUCGUCAGAGAAGAGGAUGACCAGCGAAGAGAUGGAGGCACUACGUCAGGAGCUUGGCUCGGCGCUGAUUGACCGAGACAGAGCUAUCUGUGAGAAGAAUGAGCUGCUGGAGAAGUGCUGCCACGAGGUGAAGGACAAGGCUGAGGCCCAGAAGGAGUUGAGCCAGGCCUGUAAAGACAUCCAGACCAUCCGGGAGGAGAGAGACGUAGCCCGCAAGGAGAGGACAGAGGCCAUCAUACAGAGAGACCAGCUACUGAGAGAAUAUUACCAGACUAGACAGAAACAAGACUCGACAACCCUGGACAUGGAGCGGGCCAACAAGGAGAUAGAGGUGCUGAGGAAGCAGUAUGAAGCCAUGUCUCAGGAGCUGAAGGAGGCGACGCAGGAAGCAGAGGUGGCCAAGUGUCGACGCGACUGGGCCUUUCAGGAGAGAGACAAGAUAGUGGCAGAGAGAGAGAGUAUUCGGACGUUAUGUGACAACCUGAGGAGAGAGAGGGACCGAGCGGUGAGCGACCUGGCAGAUGCAUUGAGAAACCUAGAUGAUACCAGGAAACAGAAAAACGAUGCGUCACGCGAACUUAAGGAACUCAAAGAAAGGAUUGAAGACCAGUUGGAAAAGGAGGCCAGUUUUCAUCAGCUGAUGGCUCAUAAUUCACAUGAUUCAGCCAUCGACACAGACUCUUUGGAGUGGGAGACGGAAGUUGUGGAGUUUGAGAAAAACAGAGAGGACAUGGAUUUAAAAGCACUUGGUUUUGACGUUGCCGAGGGGAUGAAUGAGCCAUAUUUACCAGGAGACCGUGGGAUAUUUGUGAGUAAGGUGGACAGAGGAGGUAUUGCUGAAGGAAGGUUAAGAGUGAAUGAUUGGCUGUUGAAGAUUAACAAUGUGGACCUGACCAAUAAGGACAGGAAGCAGGUUCUGAAGGCAGUGCUGAGCGGAGAAGGAGUGAUCAAUAUGGUGGUCCGCAGGAGGAAAUCUCUGGGAGGACGUUUAAUCACUCCUAUUGAGAUCAACCUCACAGGAUACAAAGCCAGUGAUAUAGGGCUGGAGUGUGGGGUGUUUGUAGCUGGGGUCACUCCGGGCUCUCCAGCAACCAAGGAGGGUUCACUCACAGUCGGAGAUCGACUCAUCGCUAUAAAUGGAAUAGCACUAGAUAACAAGUCACUGUCUGAGUGUGAAGCUUUACUGCGGAGCUGCAGAGAUGCUCUCAGCGUCUCUCUCAUCAAGAGUUGCUCCGGCCAGAGUAUCUUUGAAAACCUGAGAGACGCCUCAGAGAAGACAUCCAACUGCCGCUCGCUCCACUCUUGGCACUCCCGGAACUCCAAGAACAACAACAGCUCUACCCAGACAGACAUGUUCUGCCCUGAUAUUGGCUCCAGUGGAGGAGAGAGACACAACCAUCCCAACAAAGACAGGAGUCAUAGCAACGUUGUAGCAGUAGACAACAACAGUAGAGGUGGCUCCAUCUGCCAGCACAAGCCGUUUUCCAGUAGCUCCAUGUACUCCCGCUCUCUAUCCCACAGGGGGAGCUGUCUGCAGCACAGCCCAGUUAGUUCAGGGCCAUUGGGGUCCCCAGAGCCCCACCAGGAUUACUGCUACAGGAGAGGGGAGUCACACAGCAGACGACCUCUCACCUUCACCCCUGUGGCCUCCGACUGUAUCACCCUGCAGAGCACGCUGCUGGACAGAGGAGGAGACAGAGACAGAGGAGGAGACAGAGACAGAGGAGGAGACAGAGACAGAGGAGGAGACAGAGACAGAGGAGGAGACAAAGACAGAGACAGAGGAGGAGACAAAGACAGAGACAGAGGAGGAGACAGAGACAGAGGAGGUGACAGAGACAGAGGAGGUGACAGAGACAGAGGAGGAGACGGAGACAGAGGAGGAGACAGAGGAGGAGAGGAAGGACACACCACUACUCCAGAGAGAGAGAAGCCGAGCGGAGGCACCUGGCCUAAAAUCUUGGUGGGCGCGUCCAUCCUCGAGUGUGCCCAGCUCUCCAUCUAUAAGAAGCCCAAGCAGAGGAAGUCCAUCUUCGACGCAGACACCUUCAAACGGCCCGAGGCGUCCUCCAAACUGGACUACCUCUCCUUGUCCCAGCUAUCAAAACACUCCCCGCAGGACCCUCAGUCUGAGGUGGGGCCACGGGUGGGGAUAGGGCAGACCCCUCCCACCCCACCUCAGAGGAGCGAUUCGUUCAGGUUCAAACACCGCCAGCAGAUCAGCUCUGCCUCGGACUCCACCAUCACCACAGGGACAGGCACCCCUCCAACCCCCCCGGGCCAGGCCCCAGGUGGCCUACCCCUGGUGGGCAAACAACAGGAGGGGGGGGGGCUGGAGGGUCGAGACAGAGACGGAGAUAGGGAAAGGGACAGAGAUGGGGAAAGAGACAGAGAGAGGGACAGAGACAGUGGAAAUCGAGGCAGAGACGGGGACAAUUACUACAUAGACCCUCCUGGAGAGGGGAUGCAGCCAAUAAUCAGUUCCAGGAAGUCAUGUGAUGAGGAUGUAAGCAGGCAGAGGGGGGAGGAGCUGGACAGGGACAGGAGAAGGUACCGUCCCAAAUCAGCCCCUGCGUUACGCCGGAACAUGACCCCUCUACACAUCCACAUCCCUAUCCAGAGUUUCUCUAAUGACGAGGCGUCUCCAGAGCCGGUGGACUUGGUGCGUUUCUCUCCCAUGCGCUCUCAUCGUUACAGCAUGCCUUUGGUACCACCAGGAUACAGCAGCACCAUGACUGCACACCCCGGACACAGAGGUCUAGCCCCGUGUCCUGCUGUCACCGCUGUGAUGAGGAACCCAGUCUAUACUGCCUGGAGCCAUGACGUUCACACAAACCACAACUGUCCUCCUGCACCUACCUCAGACAACCACUCACACUCUCACCCCAGUCCCCAGCACCAAGGUCGUCUGAGCCUGGAUUUGAGCCAACAGCGGUCUGGUGACUUAACGUCAGAUUCAUCACCCUGUAGCCAGACACCACACAGCACCAACUCCCUGCCCUCCAGUACCAGACUGGGUUCCUCUGGUAAUUUACAUUUCCGGCACGAGCGCAUUAAAAUCCCCCCUACUCGAUACCCACGGUCUGUUGCAGGGUCUGAUAGAGGGUCCUUGUCCCACUCAGAGUGCAGCUCCCUGUCCCACUCCACUCCUCCCAUGUCCCCUGCCAAUCUAGAGACAGCGUCCUUUGCCAGCAGCCAAUCACAGAGCUCUAUCUCCACCAGCGCCACCCAGCCCAGGAUAUCAGCCAGCCCUGCCUUAAUAGGGGACCGACGGAAGGACAGGCCCUAUCUGGAGGAGCCCCGUAACGUGACGGUACAGAAGGGGGCAGAACCGCUGGGCAUCUCCAUAGUGAGUGGGGAGAAUGGGGGUGUGUUUGUGUCCAAGGUGACGGCAGGAAGCAUUGCGCACCAAGCACGGCUGGAGUACGGGGACCAACUGCUGGAGUUUAAUGGGAUCAACUUGCGGAAUGCCAAUGAGCAGCAGGCGAGGCUUGUGAUUGGUCAACAGUGUGACACCAUCACCAUCCUGGCUCAGUACAAUCCACACAUGUUCCAGCUGGGAAACCACUCUCGCUCCAGUUCUCGUAUGGAGUCCAUCAGUGGUCAGCCAACCCCCCAGCUCAGCGGAGCCACCACUCCAGACAAUCACUCCGUCAUCGACACCUUGAGUGAGCAAGACGAAGGGACCAUGACACCACCUUCUAAACAGACUACCCCAGCCACCAGCCCUCACAGCUCCUUCAGGCUAUCUUCUCCAGGUGCAGGCUCUCGCAGGGCCCCAGAGGUGAGGCUGGUGCGGCUGAAGAAGCCCCAGGGAGAUUUGGGGGUGCAGCUCUGUGGAGGGAACCUGUAUGGUAUUUAUGUAGAGAGUCUGGAGGAUGACAGCCCUGCCAAGUGUCCCGACGGACUGGUGCCUGGAGACCAAAUACUGGAGUACAAUGGUGUCAACAUGAAGAAUAAGACUGCGGAGGAGGCUUGCCUGGAGAUGUUGAAACCGGCUGAAACGGUCAUGUUUAAAGUCCAACAUCGUCUGGAUGAGCUCACCAUGCUCAAAGACUCACCAGGAGAUGGUUUUUAUAUCAGAGCACUUUAUGAGCGAGUAGCAGAGAUGGAGCUGGAGCUGAGUUUCAAGAAGGAUGACAUCCUGUACAUUGAAGACACGCUACCAAAGGGCAACUUUGGCUUCUGGAUGGCGUGGCAGUUAGAUGAGAGCGCACGCAAGCUGGCACGAGGGCAGGUCCCCAGCAAAUACAUAAUGGACCAGGAGUUCUACAGGAGACACAGCAUGCCUGAUAUGAAGGAUGAGAGCGGUGCCGCCAGUAAGACCCUCUCGGCUGCCGCUCGCAGGUCCUUCUUCCGCAGGAAACAGAAACACAAACGCUCUGGGUCUAAAGACGGGAAGGACCUAGUGGACGCCAUCAGCACUGACUCACUGCCCAUCAUGGAGGAUGGUGUGAGCCUGGCCUACCAGAGGAUCCAGAAGGUAGAGUGUUCCAGCCCCAGACCAGUGCUGGUUCUGGGGCCCCUAGUGGAGGCUAACAAGGACAUGCUGGUGAAGGAGGCCCCCGGGAGGUUCUGUCGGUGCCUACCUGAGGUGAUGAAGGCAUCUCAGCAGGCGAUUGAACGAGGGGUGAAGGACUGCGUCUUCAUCGACUUCAAACGAAGGAGCGGCCAUUUUGAUGUCACAACUGUUGCUUCCAUCAAGGAAAUCACAGAGAAGGAUUGUCACUGUUUACUUGACAUUGCACCCCACGCCAUCGAACGGCUUCACAGCGUUCACAUCUACCCAAUUGUCAUUUUCAUUCGCUACAAAAAUGCAAAGCAGAUAAAAGAACAGAAGGAUCCUCUAUACUUACGGGAUAAAGUCUCUCAGAAACAUUCCAAGGAGCAGUUUGAGAUGGCACAGAAAACUGAACAGGAGUACAGCAAGGUCUUUACAGGUAUCGUCCAAGGAGGAAGCCUGUCCUACAUUUGCACUCAGAUCAUGACUAUAGUGGACCAAGAACAAAGUAAAGUCUUAUGGAUUCCUGAUGGAGCUUUCUAGAAGGUUUCUAGGUGCUUCUAUCUAUGUAACACUUCAACCCUUAACAAGGAAGGUUGGGUAUGAUACACUUAUCCACGGCUAAAUGUUAAAAACUAGUCAACAAUAUCACAUCACUGUUGUUAUAAUAGUCAACUAUGAGGCUUGCAUCCCAAAUAGCACCCUAUUCCCUAUGUAGUGCACUACUUCCCCAAGUAGUGCACUAUAUAUUGGGAAUAGGGUGCUAUUUGGGAUGCAGCCUCUGAUAUACUCUCAACAUAAUUACACUUAUCUGAAAGAUGAAGAUUCAUAUAGCACUGAUUUGUCUCACACCCCACAAAUAGAAGUAAUAAUCCCACUAUAAUGAUGAUGUCAUAGUGAUGCUGUAUACUUCAGACAGGCCUAGAGAUUCGUUUACACUAGUAUUUAAUAUUGUAAUGCUUUUUUACUUGAAUGUUUGUCCCUUAACUCCACCAUGGCACUCCUUGACUCUUCCUGUUCCUAUGGUUCUCAAUCAUAUGUCAGAAUACAAGUUGAUGCAUGGAAUGGAAGAAAACAACAUUUUAGACUUGUCUCAGACCUGUUUGUGCUGUAGUUGUUAUCAUGAUGUCACAACGGAUCUGGGAUCAGUGUAGAAGACCAUGUAAUAACCAUGAUGAACUAUAGUUAUGGCAACAGGCUCAACAUGGGUGCAGCAAGUUUUUCUGAACAGAAUGGAAUGGACCACUGUGUUCUCAUCUUUAUGUAUGUUUUCUUUGUCAUUUCAAUUCUCUAAUCCCAAUCUAAUAAUGUUGGUUAUGGACCUUCCUUUAUAGCCUACAAAUGUAGCAGUUAGUGAACAGAAAUGAUUGUGUAUGUUGCAUUUUUUCCCUCUGUUGUUUGUCAUAUAAUUUACAUAUUUAAAGACAAAUGUAUGACAAAUUUGCAUGAUUCUUUUUUUUCCCAAGUUGAUGUAAAUGACAGACGUUUGUUUUACAACCCACUUACUGUUCUCAAUGCAAAAUUCCAGGUUAUAUAUGUUUCCUUCUGUAUGUUGUGCCAAAUGAAACAGAUUUGUUCUGCACCAUUUAUCCUUCAACCUAGUAAUGCUUGAACACUAAGAAAUGCAAUAAUACUUUACCGUAGGUACGAUAGUUUCACCAUGAGAAAAUGUAUGUGUUGUAGAGUUGUUCCAAAGUUCCUAACAUUUCAUACAUUUCCUAAUGGGCAUCUCUCUAUUACCCGAAAUGUAGAAUUUAUAAAAGGGAUAUUUUAUUUCUGUUCUAGGGGUUUGAAUGAACCAAAUUAAGAGGAUGAAUUCAUAAAUUUCAACAUUAUGAUAAACUGGUAAAUUACUUUUCCUUUUUUCUCUAUAAUAUUGCAUCUUCUCAUGUUGGUUGAAACACGAAAGUAGACUAUAGAUAUAACUUCACUUCUCAAUGAAAUUAUAUUAUUUGUAUCAAAUGUUAAGGAAAAUAAAUACAUGUGGGGAACGUUG